GGAGUUAGUGGAACCUCCUAUCACUUUAUAUUUGCCUAAUACAGAGUGUGUAUUUCGAGCCGAUUCCGCUAGAUGGCGCCACUACGCCAGUCCAAUACCAAGUAUAAUUUGGAGGAAAAUGUAGACACGUGACUGCAGCAGCUGAUCCGUCUGCUCCGAAGUAGAGAAGUUGUGUGGGUCGUAAAUAAAUUCUCUCCGGUGUAAAAACAGUUGGACGCUUCGAGCAAAUUUCUAAAUUCCGUCGAGCCGAAAGACCGUCGAAGAUGUCGAGAGGCACCACAGCGUUCGACUGGCUGCUCGACCUGCACUCGUUCCUCGACGUGUCUAAAUUCAACCCGAUGGUUUCGAACUUAUGGGACAAGGAGACGUUCGACGCUUACCGGACGGCUGACACGAAGAUAAAAAAGUCCGACGUCCUACUGGGAUAUUUAAUUACGUUUUGGAUCGUUUUGUAUAUCGUGUACGAAAAGUGCCUGAACUCGUUGCUUCGACGUAUGCGCGUCCCGUUGAUGCAGAGAAGUAGAAUAAUCGAGGCCGUGUGGAGUUGUGGAUUUUGCUUUGGCAGCGUUUGCUAUCUAAAGUCGCCGACGAUCAAACCGUUGAACCUGUUCCCCGGCGAGAGGGACGUCACGCACGAGGAGUUAGGAGCACUCCUUCAUAAAAGCUUCUACCUUCAUCGAGCAGGAACGGAGCUCCUGUCCCACGGAGCUUGGAUCAAGGCCUGGACCAAUUUACUCUUUGCGUCGUUCGUCAUGAGCCCUUACCGAGAAAAGUGGUGCACGGUGGUCAGCACGUUUCUAUUUUACAAAGCGAUCGACACGAUUCUUAUUAAUAUUUGUCGAAUCUUGCUGUGUGUGUCACACUUUAUCGGCAGGAAGCUGCCUAAACUGUUCUUCCUUCUGCACUGCUUCAGCUGGACGUUCUUAUACACGUUGUUCGUACCUAAAUUGAUGCUCGGGUUAGAGGAGACGAAUUACACUAAAGCACAGCUCGGUCUGUGGCUGUGGUUCGUCGCGGAAUGCUUGGACUCUGUAUGGUUCAGACUUCUGGGAUGCGCGAGAGCCACGUACUGGCUGGAGAUCUGCCUGUUCCCUCCGCCUACGCGAGAGGCGAUCGAACUGGCUGGAAUACAAAAGAGGCACCGAGAGUCUUUGAAAAAGCUUGUCGACAGGACGUCCAAGAAGACCGAACUGUGGCAGACGCUGUUCUGUGCCGUGGCGAUAAAAAAGAAGAUCAAGAGGAUCCGACAGGCGAAACGGAACGAUCGCGUCGAGGAGACGACCGAGAGAGACGAGGAAGAAGACGUCGUCGAGCUGACGGAGAUGUGAACACAAUUACGAGAGACCGGCACAAAACGAUCGUUCACUCUACGGGUUUAUGCGUUAGUAUAAAAAUCGAGUUUAUUCAAGAAUUGUACAGAUAUACAUUUAUUCACGUAGAAAGUUCCGUCGUUUACAAAUUAAUAUGGUGUAUCUCUCUCGCGAGCGAUCGACUAAAUAGUUUUUUUUUUAAACAACGUUACGUUUGAGCUUGCGAAGCGUGGGCAUUUAAAGACUCGGUACUCGGCACGAUUACCUUGUGAACAUUUAACGAUUAUUUAUUCGUUGGAUACUUAUUCAGGGAACUCGUCCUCCGAGACAAAUUUUACUAUGUAUAUAUAUAUAUCUAUAUGUUAUGCUACGCGUACAAUUGUUUUUUUUUUUUUAUUUAGAUAAUUAUUACUCUACAGGCACGAUAUGUAAGUCUACACGGAGAAUCUCUAGUUUUAGUCUCUUAAUUAAGUGCCUAAUCUAAAGUAACGUUGGCUUUACGCGAGGUACGGUCGCACAGGGAUUCAGGUUUUGGCAGUAAACGGAGAAAUUAAUACGUACGACAAGCGACUGGCGUUAUUCUCUGAACGAUACUCGCUACUCUUGUUCAGAAUAAAAAACCUGACGUAUGGUUCCUAGACGUAUCAACUUUUAUUUCGCGAUUAAAAUAUAUGGUACACGUAUUUUAAGCUAAGUCGUAAUUCCGCGACGUAUUUACGAAUGUUGGAAUUUAUGUAGAAAAUGUUUUACGCUCGACAAAGUUUUAAACGCGUUUCGAGGUGAGGUCGGCUGCCAGGAUGUUGGAAAUCAAUGCGACGAACAAUUCUAAGAUUCUAGAAAAAUAGAACUCGCAAGAACCAA